AGCUGGUUAUUUAGUAACCUCCACGAGUGGUUUGUUGUGAUUAGGGGAACUCUUCAUUCCUUUAAUAUUUUUUAGAUAACAAAUGUAAUUGAAAUCGUCACUUUAAGUACAAAAAUGUCUUCGAUUUUGCUCUCCCUUCCGGAAAUUUUCACGUCGUACAAAAACUGGGUGAGCCAAAACCCCCAAUUUGCCAGUGACUGUGAGACUUCAGCAAAGUGGAUUUCGUAUUUUAUUGCCGGUAAAAUCAACAGUUCUCACGUCUUAUCCGAGCUGGUGUACUGUUUAUCAAAUCUCCUGGUUUUGUUAAAUGACCGGAUAAUAAACAACGUCAGGCAGAUAGAAUUGCCAAGUUCUGGGGACACUUUAAAAUUAUGGUUAACGGUGGUGGAAUAUUGCGAGGUUUUGUUUGAAUUAUCGGCCCAGAAAAUCUGGGGUAGUGUGGGAAAGUGGCUAGUUGUUGUGGGAGUGCAAGUUUUCAAGUGUGUAGCACGGUUAAUUCUUGUUUACAAUCAUAAGGAAAAUAUAAUACAGACACCUCCUAUUCCAUAUCUGGACAGAGGAAAGAUACCAAAAGAUGGUACAAACUGUAGUUCUGUCAGAGACAUAGCUCAGGCGCAGCUGAGUUCUGUUAGUUUCACUCUUAAGGAGUCAGGUCGAGUGAUUCGAAAAAUUGACGCUUCGCCCCCUAUUAGUUUAAGGACGUGGAAGCCUCUAAAGGCGCAAGAGACGUGUGAUAAUGAACAGACAAUUGAACAGGCUUUAGCUGAGAGGCAGCUCAUUGCCGAAACGAUUUACAUUGUUAAGCCCAUGGCCCACUUGGCCUCGGUGGCCUGCUUUGGGAGCAGUUCAUGGAAGCCAUGGGUUAUAUCGCUAGCUAUGGACAUAACUAGUCUUCAAUUGUAUAAAUCCUGCAAAGGGACAAAAAGCAACUACUUGACCCCUAAACAAAGAUUACAGUUAUCCAAAAGGACAAUUAUUUUAGUUAUGUAUCUGCUGAGAUCACCGUUUUAUGAUAAGUACAGUAAAGAUAAGGUAAAUGCGUUGCUAAUUUCGUUGGGUCGAAAUGUGCCUCUGGCGAAGUUAAUUUGCCAACCGUUGGCACAGUAUUUGCCCUUCUGGCAAAGCAACUAUUUCUACAUGUGGUCCACUUAAGGACGUGGUGAUAAGUCUAAGUUCCGGGUUAUUAAAUUCAGAUGGUAUAUUUUUACAGUGCUUGGCUGGUGUUUUAUAAUAAAAUUGAGAAAACAAA